GAGGUUAACACGCAUAACUUCAAAUCGAGGCACAUCGCAGAGAAUCACCGCGUGUCUCAUCAAAAGACAAAAUGAAUUCUGCAUCCUGCAAGGAUCAUGCAAUAUGCGGCGCCAUCAAAAUGAUUCUCGCCGUGGCUUCCUGCCCGAACGCUGUGUGUCCAGGCUCAUGUCUGGACGAUUUUGCGACUCAGGAAUGCCGAGACCAUCCAAACUGGAAGCCGUUCAUCAAGAAACUCUAUGCGGAUAUCCAAGCAUUCUUGGAAGCCAUUGCAUCCGUUUCUGAUGUUGGACCACGAUCAGAGGACGAGCGACAGAGGUCUACAGUAUUGGGGAGCUUAGACGGAUCGGGAUGUUAUCGACCGAGAAGUUCUGUUGGAGUGUCGAGCAAUGAACUUGAAUCUCCAAAUGUGGAAAACUUUUCUAUCAACACUAGGAAGCAGCUGCGGUCACAUUGUUUGGUCGGAUCAGUUCCGGCAGAGAGCAGCGGUGCGACAAUAGAAGAUCAACAGUCGCGAGGACCUGGCAUUGAGAAUGUUCCACGGUUUCUUGAUGAUGACAUUAGAACACAUCGUACCAAAACGGGCCUCAUUUCCGAAUGUGAAGGGUCAAAGAGGAUUUAUCGCAGCCAGACUCCUCGUUCUACCUGUUCUUUCGAGCCAACAUCAUAUGUCGAAAGGAGACAGGAAGACAGACAUGACAUGGACCAGAACGAAGGAGGGAAUGGUGAGAUCCUCGAGAUAGACGAAGAACAUCAUGGUCUUAGCCAGACCGGGGAGGGCUUUUCGGCACAAAAGCAAGUCGGUUUGAGGACGGACUAUGAGAAUGGGGACAGUGAAGAAGUGGUUGAUAUCUCCGAAAUAGGGAACAUAUCUGAGAAUGGUACAAAUAAUCGCAAUGCCAACAACAAUGUUACUGUUGAGACGCAGGUGGAAGACGAGCGACGAGUAAGGAAGGACAAGCGAGGCCGAGAUGAUGUCCAGACAAACAAUGUGAAAGUUCCCGAAGGACUUUCUGACAGCAGCCGUGCCAGGAUGAAGCAUGUAGUACGGUCAUCUAAUAAGCGCUCGAUUCACACUGUUGGCCCUGAAACGCCCACCAAGAAACCAAGAGGUACUGGUUCUACGUCGACAACUCAACUGCAGUCGGCUGCGAGCGCCACAACAGGAUCACCAACCGACCAAUCCUACUGGGAAGAGUGGGACAUGAAAAGAGAGCCGCAUACGUCUCACGUAGCUCAUACGACAGGAACAAUCAAAGCGAUUCGCCUGUGGGACCGAUUUUGUCGACGACCAGGGCUGUCAUUUGCGAAUAGUGCAUAUCCACAGGGUGUCAGUCCACACCGUGUAAACAUCCUUGUGACAAUGGUUUUGGCCGUCGGCAACAGUCAUGGAUUCGGCGCUCUGAAACGAGCUAUGGUCGCUGUACAACAAGGCGGAGCCCCGUCGACGGCUGAUGUCUUUAGCAAUGAGCCUCAAAGGCUGGUCAGGACCCUAACGGCCAUCGAUACAGCCGGUGAAAUGUACGGCUACAUGCGAAGAUUCGCACUGGCUAGGUUGGCGAAAUUGUAUCGCAGCACAACAGCAAAUGCGGGUCGGCUCGUGACCAACGAUGAAGACGCAUGGAUUUCAAGACGAAGGCCCCCUACAAAGGUCGACAAGGCUAAGGCGUAUUGCUCAAUGAUCGAACACAUCUGGGACACGGCUUUCCCUGAUCACUACAAAGGCCAGGCCAUGACCAAGAGUGGUCUGAUAGACUCGAAUGCUCCGGAUGCGGCUCGGUGGAAUCAAUGUAAACGAAAACUGUCCAAACAGAUCGAAGCCGGCCAGCGCUGGCUUUCAUG